AUGGAUCAAGAUCUUGACCUGUCACUCGCCACCCGCCCAAGCAACCUCACGGCCGUGGAUGGCCUCAUCAAAGACAUCAAUGGAGAUGAGGAAACGCGCCAUGAACUGGUUAUCAAGACCCGCAGUCUUCUUCAGUCCCUCCAAACACCACGUGAGCAAAUGGUGCAGCACACGUGGGCGGACAUGAGUAUCAACCUGAAGCCGCCUGGACUGAAUGCAGCCCUGAUCACUGGAGUUGACACUGGGCUAUGGAAGCUCAUGGCCAAGAAUGGUGUGGCUCAGCCCCAGAAAGUUGGCAUUUUGGCCAAGACCCUCGGAGUCGAUGCUGUGCUUCUUGGACGUCUUUUGCGUCACGUCUGCGCAAUGGGUCAUCCCAAGGAGACGGCGCAAGAUGAGUACUUACUAACCAACUUCACCAAGGCAUUGGCCCUGGAUGUCAUCGGCGACGGUUACGUUGCGCUAAUCGGUGGCAUUGGUCGAAGCCCGAUCGAGUUCUCCAAGUUCCUCCGGAAGACCAACUGGCAGAAUCCUACUGAUGCUGCACACACAGCUAUGCACGCGUCUUAUCAGACAGAUGCGCCAAACUGCUUCGAGUACCUCCGUUCCAUAGGGUUAGGCCCUCAGACAAAUCAUCACAGUAGGUACAUGAAAGAGCCAAUGGGUGGCUACAGACAAGGUCGAGUGCCCUGGAUGCAUCCUUCGUUGUACCCUGUCGAGCAGACCCUACUACAAGGUGCAAAUACCUCGCCUGAUUCACCACUUCUGGUGGACGUUGCAGGUGGCCUUGGCCAUGACAUUGACGAGUUCAAAAAGAUGUAUCCGAAUCACCCAGGCGUAACCAUCCUCCAAGAUCUUCCCGUGGUCAUCAACGACGUCAGAGGCAUUGACCCCAGCAUCGAACUCAUAGGCCACGACUUCUUGACCGAGCAGCCAAUCAAGGGCGCAAAGGCCUACUUCAUGCACUCGAUCAUGCACGACUGGCCAGAUGAUGUGUGCAAGAAGAUUCUGGCUCCUCUAACAGAAGCAAUGAAGCCUGGAUACAGCAAGCUGUUGAUCUUUGAGGUGGUCAUUCCUCGCACGGGUGCCUAUUGGGAAGCCACAGCCGGCGACAUCCUGAUGAUGACCCAGCUUUCGGCAUUAGAACGUACCGAAGACCACUGGCACCAACUGAUUGAGAAGAGCGGGUUGAACUUGAGAAUCGUCAAGUUCUGGGAGUGUGGCCAGUCGGAUGUUGGAAAUCUCAUCGAGUGUGAGUUGGUACCAAGGGAUUUGCAAACAAGCGGGGCAUUGACCCCUUCAUGAGAACAUCAACUUCUAGUCAAACUCGAAACUCUGAAUCCUCUGUUGGAGCCCCGACAUCUUUCAUUAAUCUCUUUCAUUAAUCUCAUCUUUACUGCGAAAUAAGCUCGUAGAAACAACCAACAUCUCGAGCACACCAUCACUAAUCACAUGGCGUGAAGGAAUAUCAUUUUAGU